GCCCGUUCGGGACUGAGUGCGACGCGCUGGGUCUGUGCGGGAGCGGAGGCUGCGCACCCGGGUGAGAACACCGCACCCCUGCGCGGGUCAGCUGAACCUUCACAGUUUCUUACCUUCUUGCAGGAGCAACAGAAAAUGAACAGAGCUCAGGGAUCGGUGUCAUUUGAAGAUGUGACCGUGGAGUUCACCAGGGAUGAGUGGCAGUACGUAGGUGCUGCUCAGAGAACCCUGUACAGAGAUGUGAUGCUGGAGACCUACAGUCACCUCAUCUCUGUGGGGUAUUGCAUUACCAAACCCCAGGUGAUCUUCAAGUUGGAGCGAGGCGAAGAGCCCUGGUCCUUAAAGGAAGAAUUUUUAAAGCAGAGGUAUCCAGAAUAUUACAGAGUUGAUGUCCACCUUCAGGGGAACCAGGAAAAACCAGAGAAAUCUCUGUGGCAAGUGAUAUUUAUUGACAACAGACCAUUGAGUAAAGGAGGGAAGAACAUUUUAGAAAAACCAAUUAAUCUGGAUAUAACUCCAGAUUGUUCAGGAAAAAUGCCCUGUGAAUGUGACUCAUGUAGAAUGAAUUUGCCACUUGUUUCUGCCUUAAUUAUUAGUGGUAGGAACUAUUCAAGAAAGAAGGGUGAUUACUUGAAUGUAUGUGAAAAGUUGCAGCUUGAUACUAAACAUGAGAAAACUCAUACUGGAGAGAGGUCUUACAAAUACAAUAAAAAUGUGAACACUCUCAGCCAUAAGAAAGAUCAUCAAAAAUUUCAAAUUCUGGAGCAACCUUUGGAAUCUCGCGAAUUUAGAAAAGUUUUACAUGAUAACACUGUUGUCUGUGUUACAGCUAAGAAUUCUCUAAUAGGUGAGGAAUCCUUCAAGGAUGAUGAAUUUAGGAAAAACUGUGAUAAGGCAACUCUAUUUAACCACAUGAGAACUGGUACAAGGGAGAACUGCUUUGAUCUUAAUGAAUGUGGGAGAUCCUGCGACAAAGCCACCAUUGUGGAUUACAAUAAAGUUUACAUGGCUAUGACAUACUGUGAAUAUAAUGAAUGUGGAAAUUACUUCAACAGGAAUUUACCCAUCAUUCAACCUCUGAGAACUGUUAUAAGACAGAGUACUUUUGCAAGCAGUAAGUGUGAAGAAAACUUGAACCAAAGCUCAGCCCAUGUAGUACAUCAGAAGAUACAAACUGGAGAUAAGUUCUGUGGUGUUAAUGGAUGUACAAGUAUCUCCUACCAGGACUUAGACUUUACAAUAUAUCAGAGAACUCAGACAGAAGACAAAUUCUACCAGUGUGCUAAACACGGGGAAUCCUUGAAAAUCUUUUACCAGAAAGCACACCUCAUUCUGGAUCAGAGGACCCAACCACAGGAGAAAAAUUACAAAUGUGAGGAAUAUGGGAAAUUCUUUUGUUCAAAUUCACACACCAUUCAUUAUUCUGGAACUCACAUGGGAGUCAGUCUCUAUGAAUGUAAUGAAUGUGGGCAAACUUUUUGUCAGAUGUCAAACCUCAGUGAACAUCUGACAGUUCACACAAAGGAGAAACUUUAUGAUAACAAUGGAUAUGGGAAAUUUUACAAGAAGUCUGCACUCUUAGUACAACAGAGAACACAUUCACAGAUUGAACUCUAUCAAAUUGAUGAAUAUGGGAAAUCAUUCUCUAGGAUGGCACAGCUCGAAGAACAUCAGAGAAUUUGCACAGAGGAGAAACCCUAUGAAUGUAUUGAAUGUGGGAAAACUUUCUCCAAGAUGUCACAUCUCAGAACUCAUCAGAGAAUUCACAGAGGCAAAAAAUCCUAUGAAUGUAUUUUUGCAUGUGGAAAAACUUUCUCUAACAAGACAUACCUCAGUGCACAUCAGAGAAUUCAUACAGGGGAGAAAUCCUAUGAAUGUAAUGAUUGUGGGAGAUCUUUUGCCCAAAAUUCAGCCCUUAGAGCACGUCAGAUAAUUCACACAGGUGAGAAACCCUGUGAGUGUAAUAGCUGUGAGAAAACUUUCACCCAUAGUUCAGCCCUCAGGAUACAUCAGAGAGUUCACACUGGGGAGAAGCUCUAUGAAUGUAAUGAACGUGGGAAAACUUUUUCCCAGAAGACACACCUCAGUGCCCAUCAGAGAAUUCAUACAGGCGAGAAACCCUGCGGAUGUAAUGAAUGUGGGAAAACCUCCAAGAAAUCGUACUUUAGUGGGCAUGAGAGAAUUCACAAAGGGGAAAAAACUUAUGCAUGUAAUGAAUGUGGGAAAACUUUUGUCUAUAAAGCAGACCUCAUAGUUCAUCAAAGAAUUCACACAGGAGAGAAACCCUAUGAGUGUAAUGAAUGUGGGAAAACUUUUUCUCAGAAGGCACACCUCAGUACACAUCAAAGAAUUCACACAGGUGAGAAACCCUAUAAAUGUAGUGCAUGUGGGAAGACUUUCUCCCAGAGAUCGUACCUCAGUGGACAUGAAAGAAUUCACAAAGGGGAAAAGCCUUAUGAAUGCAGUGAAUGUGGGAAAACCUUUGGCUAUAAAGCAGCCCUCAUAGUCCAUCAAAGGAUUCAUACAGGAGAGAAACCCUAUGAAUGUAAUGAAUGUGGGAAAACAUUUUCCCAGAAGACACACCUUUGUGCACAUCAGAGAAUUCACACGGGGGAGAAACCUUAUGAAUGUAAUGAAUGUGGGAAAUCCUUUGCUGAUAAUUCAGCCCUCAGGGCACAUCAGAGAAUUCACACGGGGGAGAAACCCUAUGCAUGUAAUGAAUGUGGGAAAACCUUCUCCAAGACCUCACACCUCAGAGCACAUGGGAGGACUCACACAGGGGAGAAACCCUAUGAAUGUAAUGAGUGUGGGAAAACUUUCUCCCAGAAGUCAUAUGUCAGUGCACAUCAGAGAAUUCAUACAGAUGAGAAACCCUAUGAAUGUAAUAUAUGUGGGAAACUUUUUACCCAUAGUUCAUCCCUCAGAGUACAUCAGAGAAUUCACACAGGUGUAAAAUCCUAUGAAUGUAAUGAAUGUGAGAAAACUUUCUUCCAAAAGUCACACCUUAGUGCACACCAGAGAAUUCACACAGGGGAGAAGCCCUAUGAGUGUAAUGAAUGUGGGAAAGCUUUUGCACAAAAUUCAACUCUCAGAGUACAUCAGCGAAUUCACACAGGGGAGAAACCUUAUGAAUGUAAUGAGUGUGGGAAAACUUUUGUUCGUAAGGCAGCUCUUCGAGUACAUUAUAACAGAAUGCACACCUGAGAGAAGACCUUUCCAUGUAAUACAUUUGGGAAGUCCUGA